AUAAAAUAGAUCCACGAAUCCUCGGUUCCCAAAAGGGAGGCACCAGGUGCUCUAAAGAUUCCUUGGGGUCGGAGCCCCGCCGCCGGUAUUCAAUUGUCUUGUUCCUGCCCGGACGUUGGAAGGGAGAAACGGUGGGCAUAUACGGCGGUUGUUGCUCUUAUUUCCAGUUCCCAACAUCUUCUUCUACUUGAAGCGAGACAGAGAAGAGAGAGUAGAUGCUAACAACAUCAUCUCCAUUGCAGCUCCUCUUCCUCCAAUUCAAGUACCCAACAUCUUCUUCCCCAAUAUUACGACUACUCAGGAGGAGGAGGAGGAGGAUGUUAUCUUCAUCUUCAACAACAAGCCCUAACCCCAAAUUUUCACCUUCAGUGAAAAUCCCUUGUGCUGAGAUGCCUUCUACUCAUCCUCACAACUCUAAUCAUCUUCCAAUCUUCUCCACCUCUAAUUCCAACCCUAAUGGCAUCUCUCACCACCAACAACAGCAGCUCACCUCUAUCUCCAAACCCUUUGUUGCUAAUAGGGUUUCGAAUCAGGCAAUUCCAGUUACCACCUCUCAAUCAUCAGCAUCCGAAGCUCCUCCUGCUUCUCCUCUUGUAGUUGUUUCUUUUUACAAGUUUGCUGAUUUUCCCGACCAUGCUGAUUUGCGGAAGCCAUUGAAGAAUCUCUGUCAACAGCUGCGUGUUUCAGGUGGUAUUAUUCUUGCACCUGAAGGAAUCAAUGGGAGCAUUUGUGGGAUAAGAGAAUCAGUGGAAACAGUUCUUGGUUUCAUACAAUCUGAUGACCGGUUAAAAGGCCUUAGACAGAUCGAAUCCCCAGUGAGUCCCGAGGAAGAAGCCAUCCAUCAUGGACACACUAGCAGUUCCCCUCUUGGUGCAGGAGAAGAUGCACCUUUUCGAUGGGAUCACGUGCGAGUCAAGGUGAAGAAAGAGAUAGUUUCUCUUGGAAUGCCAUCAGUGUCACCCAUCGAAAGAGUUGGAAAGUACGUGGACCCAAAAGAAUGGAAUGAACUGAUUAGUGACCCUGAAACUAUAGUAAUUGAUGUUCGAAAUUCGUAUGAGACUAGGAUUGGGAAGUUUAAAGGAGCUGUAGAUCCAUGUACAACGGCCUUCCGUAAAUUCCCAUCUUGGGUGGAUGAUAAUUUAUUACCAGCUGGCUCUAAUGGCGGACAACAGCAGAUGGAGGCUGAUGGGUCAGAUAAAAGUGGAAUAGAACAAUCCAAUGACCAGGCACCACCACGGGUUGCAAUGUACUGCACUGGCGGGAUUCGAUGCGAGAAAGCUUCCAGUUUUCUCAUGAGCAAGGGCAUUGAAGAGGUUUACCAUUUAAAAGGUGGGAUACUGAAAUAUCUGGAGGAAAUUCCGGAAACAGAAAGCCUCUGGGAAGGAGAAUGUUUUGUGUUUGACAAAAGAGUUUCAGUUGACCAUGGAUUAUCUCAAGGAACUUUCAAGUUGUGCUACGGAUGUAAGCAGCCUGUGAGUGACGCAGACAUGGAAGCUCCAGAGUGGGAAUAUGGAGUUUCAUGCCCAUACUGUUUCUCCUCGAAAUCUGAAGAAGAGAAAGAUAGGGCAAGAGCUAGGCAGAGGCAAUUUGAAGCAUGGGGUGUAAUUGGUGGUCCUGAUAAGGGUCGCCGACCUGUAAAGGCUGAUGGUGAUAGUACCAAUAACCCUCAAGAUCCCCAGUCAGUUUGAUAUCUUCUUCUACAGUAAUUUAGGUCCUUAAAAUUGAGGUGUUGUUGUCUUUUAACUAAACCCUUUGAUGCAUGAAAUUUUGUAAAACUUCUGUUUUAUUAGAUGGAUCAUUUAUCACAA